AUGGCGAGUACCAAUCCGCCGUCUCGCCAGGGUAGCCCGGCUGCAGCUCCUGUCCCGGCGCCGGCUGCUGCAGCACCAGCUCAACCUCGCCCUUCAGCGUCCCCUUCCCCAGCCCCGGAACAAGCAGCAGCAGCAGCAUCAGACGGAGAGUCGCGAGCAGAGGCUCAGGCCACGUCAAAACCGGACACACAGGCACAGGCUGAGGAGCCGUCCACCGCGAUAAUGGAAGCGGGAACGGGUGCUGGCGAUUCGCCGGACGAUAGAGGCGCGUUCGAACCUGAAAAGGAGACUCAUUUCGACAAGCCUGACGGAGGCUACUAUGCGGGCUCGAGGAAGGAUUUCCCGCUUCCUGCGUGUCGAUACCCGUUGCCCAGAACGAGUGUGAAGCGUCUUUCGGAGCCCGAGCCAGGCACAAAAGGUGGCAGACAGAGACAUUAUACGGAUGACCCCAACUACCCCCUUCAGGGCUUCUGGACAGAGGCCGGUACAUGGGAGGACUGGCCACCGAAGGGCAGUUCUUCUGAUCCGGAAGAAAAGGAAAAAGAGGAAAAGGAAAAGGAGAAGGAAAAGGAACAGGAUGGCCAUGAUAAACCAAAGGAGGCAGAUAAUGCACGGGGCCAGCCAAACGGCAAGGAGAAGGAGAAGGAGAAGGAGAGAGAGAAGGGGAAGAAGGACAAAUCUUCUGAGUCGAAGCCUACGAAAGGUGAAAGCACAUCUGCUGAGAAGCGAGAUGCUAAGCCAGAUGCUCAUACGUCGUCCGCGACUUCUGCGCCUGCUAGUAGCCGUCGACAGACAAACGGGACCAUUGGCAGUGUCUACUCUGGCAACAAGAUUCGCCAUCUCAAGAAAGAUGAUGGUAUUCCGCUUUGGCGCAAGGAUAUCCAGCAUCUCUUCCUGCGCUUGGUCUUUGAAGAUACUACGCCCGUGUUCACUCGACAUUCAGACGGGAAGAGCGGACUGAGCUUUGCGGAUAUCUAUAUCGAUGCCAUGGCAAAGAGCAGCAAGACCAGCAAGGUGCUAAAGGAUAAGCUGACCACCGAUAAGCCUGCCGCAAUCAACAUGGCUAUGGUCUGUCUGCUGGUUAACUUUGGGCGAAUGAAUACUACUCUUAACUUUUUCCCUGAAAUGCGUGCCCAGCUGCGAACAUAUCACUCAAUCCCUUCUUUACAAGCCCACCAGGACUCCAGUGCGUACAAACAGCUUCAAGAUGCACCACGGCUUAAAUCUAUAUUGAAGGGUGCAUCAGAAGAUGUCGAACAACCAAACACCCUUGACAAACUACGGGAGACGCCCGUUCCGCGGACUAACCCCGUCAACCUCAUCUUUGUCCUGGCUCAGUAUGCUCCUAAAGUAUCAGAGAUUCAUUUCCACUCUCCCCAUGACUUCUUCGACCUCGUCAUGCGAGCUACCCUGAGCAGCAAGAGUCGAGCCAAGGCAUUCCUCUGGCUGAUGUGGUUUUACCUGGAGAGUGACUUUUCUGACGAAGCUGCUUUGAAGAACCCCUUUGGGCCUGGAACUGUUGGAGAGGGAGCAGAUGGCUCACCGUUGAAGAUUCCUCAGCUAGAAGAUUUGACGGAGGAAGAGGCUGAUGCAGAGAAUGUUGAUACCCAAGAUGAAAUCCUAUAUGGAGAGGAAAAGCAAAAGGAACGCAAAAGAAUCCUCGAUGAUGACGAGGUUGUCUCUCGAAACAAGCGAGUGAAAAAGGUUCCAGGCCGAGACAAACAAUCAACUUUCUUCACCCCUCUUAACCAGAGUAGACGCCCGGGGGAUGACGAUGAUGACGAGCUGCUUACUCCCGUCCAGAGUCUGAGGUCACGGAAUAAACGCAAACGAGAUUCGUCAACUACUCGUUCAGGCAAUGCUGGGCGGACGCGGGUUGUGCUAAAGACAAAGAUGGAUCAGGCCGGAGACGGGUUAUCGCCAGCACCUCCUGGCUCAGGUCAUCCGGUCCUCCACCAGUUUGCUCCCGGUUCCCCUGCUCCAGGACAGACAUCUUCAUCUUCCCGUCGACCUCGACCGCUGACCCAACACCAACUGGCCAUCGAGCAAAACCGCCGGCAGCGAGUGGACUAUAUUCUUGCACAACGCCGUGCAGAAGAAUAUAGUAAAGCUCGCGAACGUAGGGAGCAAGGAUCCCAACUUUUACAUGCCGGCCAGCUGCUUCAGUGUCUACCGGUGGAUUAUGACACCGAUGACGACCAUUCAUGGGGCAAAGGUGGCCUAUGUUUGAACCCGGAUGCGCAACAGGAAGAUUUUGGAGAGGCAGGCAGCUUCUAUUUCUCGGUAUUGAAGAAGGUAGCUCGCCGCCUACAUCGAUGGGAUUGGCAAUCCAUCGCUACAGAGGACAAGGACAUUGGACCCAAUGGAUUGAUGCAUGAACAUGCUCUCGAUCUAGGAGAUGCAAACGCCAACGGCGGCAUGGGUGACGAAGAAGAGGUUGAACCAUCCGGUCCUCCGACCUCGAGCCGAUCCAGAGGAGGCAGAAGAGACCGGAGAUCAAACGCCAAUAAUGCAGAUAAGCUAUCUACCCCGGAUCCAAACCGACUGGCUGCUCCCCCAUCGACCGGCAAGAGACAGUACAUUCGCCGCAAGCCGUUACCAGAGCGCAAACCAGGUGACCCACCCAAGAGAGUUCGCCCAAGCAGAUCGAAGGCAGCUCUUGCAGCAAAAGCUGCUGCAAAAGCUGAGGCAGAAGCACAAAAGGCUCUAGCGCUCAAGCAGGAUGCCAAUGCAACUGGUACGAGUGUUGCUGGAUCUGAAUUGGGACUACCCAGCUCACCGGGCAGGGACGUACGCAUGAAAGAAGCCGGGGACAAUGAGAAUGAGAACGAGAAUGACAAUGAGCAAGAACAGGAGCAAGAACAAGAACAAGAACAAGAACAAGAGCAGGAGCAGGAGCCAGAGCAGGACCAAGAUCCCGAUCAAGAUCCCGAUGACGAGGGACUAGACGAUAUCGACAAGGACAUUAUAGGCGAUGCCAGUGCCUACGGAGAUGACGGCGAUGAAGAUGACGCGGAAGGCGAAUCUCGACUCUCCGUGUCUCCUCUUCCAGACGCUGACGCCGAUGCCGACGCCGAUGCAGACCCAGACCAGGAACCAGGCUCUGAAGUUGUGGCCGCCCCAUCCGUCAUACCUGAUGAUGCUUCUGUUGCUGCUAUGGCCGACGACAAGACCCUCCCUGCCUCCAUCAACGGCCAUGAUGAUGAACAUGAACACCUUGGCUCGGACGACUCAACAGAGGAGGACGUCACUGCUACGGCUCUAGCUGCCGCUGACUCGCCAGACACCAUCAGCUAUACGGAAGAGCCUGGCCACGGACCUGAUCAGGAGCAGAACAUAGAUGAGGAUGGGGACGAGAUUAUGACCCAGGACUAG